AGGGGAGAAGAAGCCGCCGCCAUCGAGAGAGAGAGAGAGAGAGAGAGAAUUAAACUUCAAACCUUCUUCUCGUUGAAGAUUUCUCCGCCCCCCCCCCCCACCUUUUUCGCCGUUUCAUGAGGAGAACCCCCCCUUGAAAUGUGACAUUCCGUCACCCCCUGAGGAGUUUGCGGUGCUGCUGUGAGAAUUUUUUUUUUUUGCAUUUCUUCCUCCCGCCCACCCCCAAUGUCUCAAAAAAUUCCAUAAAUCUCUUUCUCUGCCCAGUUUUCCCACCGAGAUGCCUGAGAUCAAACUGCAACACGUCGUCUCCUGCAGCAGUGAAGACUCGACUCACAAGGCUGACAACCUGCUGAAGCCAGACACUUACAGGAAAUGGAAAUGUUCCGAACUGGGGGAGAAACAGGCGUCUGUCAUCCUUCAGUUUGAGAAGGCUGAACAUAUUCACCGCAUUGAUGUUGGCAAUGAGGGCUCUGCCUUCGUGGAGGUGUUGGUGGGGAACUCUACUUCAGCCUGCGAGCAGGAUUUUGAGGUCAUCCUCGUAUCCUCCUUCUUCAUGUCUCCGACCGAGAGUCGGAGCGGCACGACCCUCAACCGAGUCCGCAUGUUUGGCCCCGACAAACUGGCCAAAGCUGCCCUGAGCAAGAAAUGGGACCGUGUUAAAGUGGUCUGCACCCAGCCCUACAGCAAGAAUUUGGCGUAUGGCCUCUCAUUCAUCAGGUUUUACUCCACUCCAGACGACGCUGAAAAGCUUGCUGGUCCCUCCUCACCGAAGAUCACCAAACUGGGUCAGUUUGUUGUGAAGGAGGAGGAAGGGAGCGGGAACAGUCUAAAGCCAGGCAGCUUGUUUUUCAGCCGGGCUAGCAGACCCCAGCUCAGUCCACCCACAGCCACCUCUUCUCCAUCGCAAAGCGACAAGCCCAUGGCAAGCUACGCGGCAGCAGCUUUGCAGGCGAGUGGUGUCGCGUCUCCGAGCUCUUCGCUUGCACCCAAGGAGAAAUCUGCAGCAAAGCCUGGCCCCAGCUCGCCUUCUCCAAAGCAGCCAACUCCAGGAAAAAGGAAGUUUGAUUUUCCAAAGGAGAAGACGGGAGGCCUUCCCGUCAAAAAAGAGAGCUCCGGGGAAGGAUCUGAAUCUUCGAGUAAGAAGACCAGCCCGCUGGUGUCUGCGACGAAGAAAAUCAAAGGCCUGGAGAAGGAAAAGCCUGCAUUUCCAUAG